CGCCCCUUAACUCUGCUGCAGCCUCAGAGCGAGACAGACAAACUCAGGCCCAGAAUAUAGAAAAAUUAUUGGAAAAUUUUGAAAAAAUAAUAAAACAACAGAUCGAGGGGAGAAAGACCGUGAAAGGUGGCGUGGGGUCUCCCACCGUAGGUUUGCGAAAAGUCGGUGAUGGAAUGUUACCGGGGUUCCAUGAGAAAUUGACUAAUGCGGCGCUGGAAACUUUUUGGGGAAUAAAGAUGCAGAGCAGCAUUUCCUACUCACCUCCAACCAUAGCCGUUGGGACUGGGUGAGAGAAAGAGAGAGAGAGAGGGAGAGAGAGAGAGGGAGAGCGAGAGAUAGGGAGAGAGAAAGAGAGGGAGAGAGAGAGAGAGGGAGAGAGAGAGAGAGAGGGAGAGAGAGAGCGGGAGAGAGGGAGAGCGAGAGAGAGGGAGAGAGAAAGAGAGGGAGAGAGAGAGAGAGAGAGAGAGGGAGAGAGAGAGCGAGACAGAGAGACAGAGCGAGAGAGAGAGAGAGAGAGAGGGAGAGAGAGAGACAGAGACAGAGCGAGAGAGAGAGAGGGAGACAGAGAGACAGAGAGACAGAGCGAGAGAGAGAGAGAGAGCGAGACAGAGAGACAGAGCGAGAGAAAGAGAGUGAAAAAAAGGAGCUCCACAGACAGAAGGACCAGUUCUCACAUAGUAAACAAGUACACAAAUACAUGUGUUUUUCAGCAGACAUUGACAACAACAGCACUAUCUAGACAUUAGCACCCCCCACGGCCGACCCGCCCCGCCUGGAGCCACACCCUUCACUGCAACCAACCACUGCUCACGUAGAGCCUGGAAGGCAGGGGAGACACGGCCGGGAUUUCAUGGCAACAGCACCCUAGGGCUGCCAUGGCAGCUGCUGCCGCGGAUGCCCCACGCCAUAUUACCGCACUGACGCCGGAGGACGAGGAAGGAAGAGCCGCUGCCAAGCUGUACGGAGGCACUACCCUGCCACGGACAGAGAGAGAGAGAGAACGAGAGAGGGAAGAGCGAGCCAGUGGGAACGAGUGUUUGGUGUGUGGGACUUGGUUUGGUUCCCAGGAUAAACUUCGGCUUCACUCUUUCUGUCACACGGGAGAGAAACCAUUCCACUGCUCCCAGCCACACUGCCCUAAGGCCUUCAGCUCCAAAUAUAAACUGUUCAGGCAUAUGGCCACACACUCUCCGCAGAAAACUCACCAGUGCUCGUUCUGCGAGAAAAUGUUUCACCGCAAAGAUCACCUGAAGAACCACCUGCAGACCCAUGACCCCAACAAAGAGGCCUUCAAGUGUGAGGAAUGUGGCAAGCACUACAACACCAAGCUGGGCUACAAGCGUCAUGUGGCCAUGCAUUCAGCCACAGCUGGGGACCUCACCUGUAAGGUGUGCCUGCAGAGCUACGAGAGUACCCCUGCCCUGAUGGAGCAUCUCAAGAGCCACUCGGGCAAGUCCUCCGGAGGUGCCAAGGAGAAGAAGCAUCCGUGUGACCACUGUGACCGCCGCUUCUACACACGGAAGGACGUGCGUCGCCACAUGGUGGUCCACACCGGCAGAAAGGACUUCCUGUGUCAGUACUGCGCCCAGCGCUUCGGCAGGAAGGACCACCUGACGCGGCAUGUGAAGAAGAGCCACUCUCAGGAGCUGCUGAAGAUAAAGACUGAGCCUCCGGACAUGCUAGGCCUGCUGGGCUCUGGCUCCUCCUGCACUGUCAAAGAGGAGCUCAGCCCCAUGAUGUGCAGUAUGGGUUCCAGCAAAGACCCUAUGCUGGCCAAGCCGUUCCCCAGUGGCACCUCCUUCCCCAUGGGCAUGUACAACCCCCACCACCUCCAGGCCAUGUCCAACCCUGGGGUGGGCCACCACCACUCUCUGAUGCCUGGCUCCUUGUCCACUGCCAUGGGGAUGGGCUGCCACAUGGAGCCCCCCCUCCAUCACCCCCAUCACCCGCAUCACCACCACCACCACCACUACCAUCACCACCACAUCCAACACUCCCCCCCGCUGCCCCACCUGCAGCAGCCCCAACAGCACCAGCAGCAACAGCACGCCCAGCCUCCACCCAAGUACCAGCUGGGAUCUACCUCAUACCUGCUGGACAAGCCCCUCAAAGUGGAGAUGGAGAGCUUUCUCAUGGAUCUGCAGAGUGGGCUGCCGGGCCACCACUCAGGUGAUCAUCAUCACGCUGCUGCCUCGCCCCCCAAGGAGGGACUAGAGCACCCCUCAGGCCUGACAGACGAGCUGUGUGGUGACCCCCUCCUGUCCAAGAGCCCUGCUGUCAUCGCUGAGGCUCUGUGCGCUGCUAACAUGGACAUCUCUCACCUACUGGGCUUCCUGCCCCUCAACCUGCCCCCCAACCUACCCCCCUACAACACCUCCAUGAGCACAGCAGGGCUUGUCAUGAGCUACACCUCGUCUACCCCUGGCUCCUCCUCUUCCUCCUCUUCGUCAUCCUCAUCCUUGCAUGCUGCCGAGCCCCACGCCGUUGCCACGGCUGCAGCCGCACCUCUUACCUCUUUGCAACCUCAACCUCAGGAGCAGCAUGGCUCCAGCGAGGGCCUGGGUCUAGGGCCCCUGCACCCUCUCCCGCCAGUGUUUAGCUCCAGCCUCAGCACGACCACCCUGCCUCGCUUUCACCAGGCCUUCCAAUGAGGGGCCACCAGGUCACCAUGAGGGGCCACCAGGUCCCUACGCCUUCAUCCUCAGCUCACUGCCUGGGCGCCCAAGGUCCAUGUGGCCUGCUGGCCGCAAGGGCAGUGAUAAAAACACAUGAACACUUAGAAGCCUUAAUCGAAUCACACAAAAGCUUUUGAUUGAGCCCUAGAGAAAACUGAACCCUUUAUUGAAACAAAAGGGAAAAGAUGAGACGUUUUAAAACAAACUUUCUUUCUAUCCUUUAGUUAUAACCUCUCCCACCAACCUAUCUCCCUGAUCCAUGAUCCCCUCUCCCACCAACCUAUCUCCCUGAUCCAUGAUCCCCUCUCCCUUUAUUAUGUAGGUAGUAGGCAGUAGGCCUUCAGUAGGCCUUCAGUGGGUCUUCAGUAGCCUUCAGUAGGCCUUCAGUAGGCCUUCAGUAGGCCUUCAGUAGGCCUUCAUUAGGCCUUCAGUAGGCCUUCAGUAGGCCUGAAGGUACCGCUACUUUAUAAAGUAAUAAUAUUAGGAAAAGAAUCAAAGAUGAAUUUUAGAGAAGAUGUUUUGAAGUGGAUGAAAUAUAAUUUUCUUGCUUUUCCAAAUGUGACUGAACAUGCUAGAUUAUCACUCCUAUGAGUGUAAAGGUCUGAACCACCUUCCCAGAAACACACCCUGUCUGUCAUCAUCACUGUCAGGGGGAAAACACACCCUGUCUGUCAUCAUCACCGUCAGGGGGAAACACACCCUGUCUGUCAUCAUCACCAUCAGGGGGAAAACACACCCUGUCUGUCAUCAUCACCAUCAGGGGGAAAACACACCCUGUCUGUCAUCAUCACCGUCAGGGGGAAAACACACCCUGUCUGUCAUCAUCACCAUCAGGGGGAAAACACACAUUGUCUGUCAUCAUCACCAUCAGGGGGAAAACACACCCUGUCUGUCAUCAUCACCAUCAGGGAGAAAAUACACCCUGUCUGUCAUCAUCACCGUCAGGGGGAAAACACACAUUGUCUGUCAUCAUCACCAUCAGGGGGAAAACACACCCUGUCUGUCAUCACCACCAUCAGGGGGAAACACACCCUGUCUGUCAUCAUCACCGUCAGGGGGAAAACACACCCUGUCUGUCAUCAUCACCAUCAGGGGGAAAACACACCCUGUCUGUCAUCAUCACCGUCAGGGGGAAAACACACCCUGUCUGUCAUCAUCACCAUCAGGGGGAAAACACACCCUGUCUGUCAUCAUCACCGUCAGGGGGAAAACACACCCUGUCUGUCAUCACCACCAUCAGGGGGAAAAUACACCCUGUCUGUCAUCAUCACUGUCAGGGGGAAAACACACCCUGUCUGUCAUCACCAUCAGGAAGAUUAAUGAAGGAAUGAAGUGAUAAUGCCCCGCAAACAUUGCCCUCAUCCAAUAGGCCAACAUUGCCCUCCUCCAAUAGGCCAACAUUGCCCUCAUCCAAUAGGCCAACAUUGCCCUGCUCCAAUAGGCCAACAUUGCCCUCCUCCAAUAGGCCAACAUUGCCCUCUUCCAAAAGGCAAACAUUGCCCUCCUCCAAUAGGCCAACAUUGCCCUCCUCCAAUAGGCAAACAUUGCCCUCAUCCAAUAGGCCAACAUUGCCCUCCUCCAAUAGGCCAACAUUGCCCUCAUCCAAUAGGCCAACAUUGCCCUCCUCCAAUAGGCCAACAUUGCCCUCCUCCAAUAGGCCAACAUUGCCCUCAUCCAAUAGGCCAACAUUGCCCUCCUACAAUAGGCCAACAUUGCCCUCAUCCAAUAGGCCAACAUUGCCCUCCUCCAAUAGGCCAACAUUGCCCUCCUCCAAUAGGCCAACAUUGCCCUCAUCCAAUAGGCCAACAUUGCCUUCCUCCAAUAGGCCAACAUUGCCCUCAUCCAAUAGGCAAACAUUGCCCUCCUCCAAUAGGCCAACAUUGCCCUCAUCCAAUAGGCCAACAUUGCCCUCCUCCAAUAGGCCAACAUUGCCCUCAUCCAAUAGGCAAACAUUGCCCUCAUCCAAUAGGCCAACAUUGCCCUCCUCCAAUAGGCCAACAUUGCCCUCCUCCAAUAGGCAAACAUUGCCCUCAUCCAAUAGGCCAACAUUGCCCUCCUCCAAUAGGCCAACAUUGCCCUCAUCCAAUAGGCCAACAUUUCCCUCAUCCAAUAGGCCAACAUUGCCCUCCUCCAAUAGGCCAACAUUGCCCUCAUCCAAUAGGCCAACAUUGCCCUCCUCCAAUAGGCCAACAUUGCCCUCAUCCAAUAGGCCAACAUUGCCCUCCUCCAAUAGGCCAACAUUGCCCUCAUCCAAUAGGCCAACAUUGCCCUCCUCCAAUAGGCCAACAUUGCCCUCAUCCAAUAGGCCAACAUUGCCCUCCUCCAAUAGGCCAACAUUGCCCUCAUCCAAUAGGCAAACAUUGCCCUCAUCCAAUAGGCCAACAUUGCCCUCCUCCAAUAGGCCAACAUUGCCCUCCUCCAAUAGGCAAACAUUGCCCUCAUCCAAUAAGCCAACAUUGCCCUCCUCCAAUAGGCCAACAUUGCCCUCAUCCAAUAGGCCAACAUUUCCCUCAUCCAAUAGGCCAACAUUGCCCUCCUCCAAUAGGCCAACAUUGCCCUCAUCCAAUAGGCCAACAUUGCCCUCCUCCAAUAGGCCAACAUUGCCCUCAUCCAAUAGGCCAACAUUGCCCUCCUCCAAUAGGCAAACAUUGCCCUCCUCCAAUAGGCAAACAUUUCCCUCCUCCAAUAGGCAAACAUUGCCCCCAUCCAAUAGGCCAACAUUGCCCUCCUCCAAUAGGCUACAACCACACUAAAAAUAUCUCAGAGAAAGACUCGAACAACUGAUUAAUGUUAUGACUCAUAGAGGCAGAUCAUUUGUCCAGAAAGUAUGAUAACGAACGCUGCCAAACACAGCAACCAGUGGCGCCCACAUAUUUAAUGACAAAGAUAUGUGAAAACAUCUGAGUCGGUAGAAAACAUGCCAAGUCAUGCCGUUUUUAUCUUGUUUUUCUAGAGAAGCAUUUAUUUUAUUUUGGGGGGGCAGAAGGCUCUUCCCCUUUAAGAUUCUCUUUGGCUAGCUCUCAGUGAUGAUGACCCUAUAUGGGGAAGGCUCUUCACCUUUAAGAAUCCCUUUGGCUAGCUCUCAGUGAUGAUGACCCUAUAUGGGGAAGACUCUUCACCUUUAAGAUUAUCUUUGGCUAGCCCUCAGUGAUGAUGACCCUAUAUGGGGAAGGCUCUUCCCCUUUAAGAAUCCCUUUGGCUAGCUCUCAGUGAUGAUGACCCUAUAUGGGGAAGGCUCUUCACCUUUAAGAAUCCCUUUGGCUAGCUGUCAGUGAUGAUGACCCUAUAUGGGGAAGGCUCUUCCCCUUUAAGAAACCCUUUGGCUAGCUCUCAGUGAUGAUGACCCUAUAUGGGGAAGGCUCUUCCCCUUUAAGAAACCCUUUGGCUAGCUCUCAGUGAUGAUGACCCUAUAUGGGGAAGGUUCUUCACCUUUAAGAAUCCCUUUGGCUAGCUCUCAGUGAUGAUGACCCUAUAUGGGGAAGACUCUUCACCUUUAAGAUUCUCUUUGGCUAGCCCUCAGUGAUGAUGACCCUAUAUGGGGAAGGCUCUUUACCUUUAAGAUUCUCUUUGGCUAGCCCUCAGUGAUGAUGACCCUAUAUGGGGAAGGCUCUUCCCCUUUAAGAAACCCUUUGGCUAGCUCUCAGUGAUGAUGACCCUAUAUGGGGAAGGCUCUUCACCUUUAAGAUUCUCUUUGGCUAGCCCUCAGUGAUGAUGACCCUAUAUGGGGAAGGCUCUUCCCCUUUAAGAAUCCCUUUGGCUAGCUCUCAGUGAUGAUGACCCUAUAUGGGGAAGGCUCUUCACCUUUAAGAUUCUCUUUGGCUAGCCCUCAGUGAUGAGGACCCUAUAUGGGGAAGGCUCUUCCCCUUUAAGAAACCCUUUGGCUAGCUCUCAGUGAUGAUGACCCUAUAUGGGGAAGGCUCUUCCCCUUUAAGAAUCCCUUUGGCUAGCUCUCAGUGAUGAUGACCCUAUAUGGGGAAGGCUCUUCCCCUUUAAGAAUCCCUUUGGCUAGCCCUCAGUGAUGAUGACCCUAUAUGGGGAAGGCUCUUCCCCUUUAAGAAUCCCUUUGGCUAGCCCUCAGUGAUGAUGACCCUAUAUGGGGAAGGCUCUUCCCCUUUAAGAAUCCCUUUGGCUAGCUCUCAGUGACGAUGACCCUAUAUGGGGGAAAAACCCAACUUUAAAAGCUGCUCUUGAAAACAGGUCUUUGCCAGUAUUUGACUCAUGAUGAUUUUCCUUCCUUCAACUGUCUUCCUUCCAGUAUUUGUUUUAAGAAGUCUCCAUGGUAACAAUAUGCCACACAUUACUGAUAUGUAUUUUUGUUGUUGUUGUUGAAGAAAACAAAUAUAUUUUCUCUCUGUUAGAGAUGCAUGGUAAUAACCACCCUGACAUAUGUGAAUAGCAAACAAAAAUGACAACGACGACAUUGAGGAAAACGUGUAAGAGAAUGUUAUUGCAGUGUACAAAAUAUCUCAUCAAAAAAUGAAUAUUAUUAUUGCUUUUAUCUCAGUAAGGUGUACAAAGUGAUGAUGUUUAAUGUCUGGCAGGUUUACAUUUGUGUGUAUCUGAAAUUUUAUUGCUCAAAAAAGGAUGAAUUAUUAGCUUUGCCCUUUAGCUUUUCUCCUCUGUAUUCAUUAUUGAUCUUGAACUUUACCUUGAUCUUGAACUUUACCUUUACCUACUUGAGUUAGUAGCAGAAACUUGGAUUGUGGAUUUUGACAAAUGUUUUAGUAGGCUGUUAGUGGAAUAAUAAUGAAAUAGCAGUCAACAUAGAUAACAUUGAUAGACUCUCCAGUUUCAAUUCAUUCUCUACUUUCUCAGUAUGAAACCCAACCUGACCCUAAGUAAACGAAGCGAUCUGA